AAGACUUUAGUGGUAAUAUGCGCAUGUCCACAAGAGAAUCUCAGAAUCUGAGAAAAGAAAGUCCGUUCCGUCUAAAUCCGAACAGUCUCGUUUUAGAUUAGGCCUAGGUAGAUGGUGGUCUCUCAAGAGGUCUGGAACUGCAUAUAUUUGACAACCAUUGCUAAUAUCAGUUACUAUGAUGUGGGUCUUGCUCCAUUUGGUGAUGUCAUCGAGCAUCAGCACCGGCACGUUUGGCGAGUUUGAAAUGAUUCCUCCAAGUAACGGAACCGAAAACCUGAUGCACGUCGAUACUGAACGGAUACAAAAUCCAUUAGAAUCAAACAAAUUGCCUGGCGAAUUUAUUGUUCCACGUAUAUCAAAUGACGAAAGAUUGUUUGGGAGAAGAAGCCAAUCCAUCAAGAGUCGUCAUAACUCAACGGACGAUAACAUUUAUUGCCGUGCUCCGGACGGACGCUAUCUGCCCACCGAUAUCUUCGCUUUGGAUACUUGCACCCGUUGCUAUCAAUACAUCCCGGACAACCCAACUUUUUUCCGCCAAAACAGCAAGUGGAACCACACGGUAGUCAGGAUGCGGAGUCUGCUAAUAGAAACUGACAUAUGGUUUAAUGUUACGUUUCUGACUCAUGAUGUCCUUAAUGAAACGAUGGCCGCUAAUGAAACAGACACUGGGAGCAAACUCUUGCUGACUUUUGUUGAUUUUAAAUCACAAGAGAAAUGGAGAUCUUGCUGUAGGGCUGCGGUCGAUUGCUGUCAACAUAUGCUCGAAUCCAUGCAACCAAACGAUGAUGAAUACAAAAGUAACAUCUCAGAUUAUGGCAACGAAGAGGAAAAGGCUUUCCACUCGCAACCAAUCAUCAAGUCAACGCCAGUUUCAAAAUUUUGCCCUCCUACAUGGGACGGUUGGACGUGUUGGGAAAGAACCAUUCCUAAUCGAAUUGCUCUAUCCGUGUGUCCCAGCUACAUCUACUUCGAGACAGAACCACCCGCUUGUUCACGUUAUGCCGAGAAGGUAUGUACUUCUGAUGGCACAUGGUAUCGCCGAGGAGAUGUAGGUUCGGCAACAGAAAAGACCAACUACAGUCCAUGUAGUCCUGUUGGUACUCUGAGGCAGCGAACGAAUGUUCAUUUAAUCGCUUACGCUGUCUCCGUUGCGAUGCUUCUUCCAGCCCUUCUCGUUUUCUACUCUUACAAGCAAUUAAAUGUUUACCGCAUCCGGUUACACAAAAACAUGUUCAUGUCAAUUUUGCUGAACUCGAUACUCGUCAUCGUUUUCAAAGUGUUCACUAUUCUACCAAAAUUGGCGAAUAUCUCUGUCAAAGAGUCCUAUGUGGAUGAGAAUGCUUUUUUCUGUCGCUUGGCUUUGAUCACGUUAAAGUAUUUGCGUAUGACCAAUUACAUGUGGAUGUUUUGUGAGGGCUUCUACCUGCACCGUUUAAUCACUGCUGCCUUUGCUGAGGAAAGCAGUUUUUCAGUAUUUUAUUUCAUCGGUUGGGUGCUUCCGCUCAUUCCUACAGGAAUCUACGCAUUCAUUCGAUUUAUUCGGUAUGACGUUCGCUGUUGGAUAGAACCGAUUGAAGCCUGGGAGUGGGUGUUGAAUACACCUUGUCUACUUUCGCUAGUUAUGAACCUGGUCUUCUUGAUAAACAUUAUUCGAAUACUGGUAAUGAAACUGCGUUCGACGAGCAUUAAUGAACCCAGUCAAUUCAGAAAAGCAGUCCGUGCUACCCUCGUCUUGUUUCCUCUGUUUGGUCUGCACUUUGUCGUGACAAUCUAUCGACCGUCUAAGGGCGGAUGCGAUUGGAUCGAUUUUUAUCACUACGCGAACGCUUUACUCGACGGGCUCCAAGGGUGUUUGGUCGCUAUUAUAUUCUGCUACGGAAAUAGCGAGGUUCACUACCUGUUGCUGCGUUCCUAUCGACGUUUUAAAGAUAACCGAUGUCUUCGAAAUAGUAAAACAAAAAAAGGACGGCGAAGUCAACGCGUGAAGGUGGACGAGAGAGGACGCACACGAAGUAUAGGAUGCUCAGUUUUUCUUGGUCGCAGCACCUUUUCCACCCAUUUUUCUCUUGCGGAUUGCGCUCCCAAUAUUCGACAAAAGCAAAUAACAAUAAACAUUAGACCUGUUCACGUUUCUGAAGAAAGAGCCAGCGUAUUUACGAAAGAGAAAGAUUCCACUGUGCAGAAACUUCAAACCAUAUUGCCAGAAACCCAUUGCAACGGCAAUGAAGAAUCUGUUCAUCUCAACAAUGAUAAUGAGAAUGAUACUAAAUGUUAAAGUUAAGAAAACAAUACUUGCUACGGCGAAACUUGCUUUGGUAACGGAACGAACUGAAUUUCAUUUACUAAUGUCUAUUUUAAUCACGCAUAUUUACGACAGUUUUAAAAUAAUAAUUUUGUUGCAUGGCUUCGUUAAGUUAAAUAUACUGUAUGCUCAUCAGAAAAUAUUUGUACACAUUAACCAUUUUGCUAUUUUAAAUGUCUUUUUGCUAUUCUUUUUUUCUCUCCAACUGUUUUGAAUACAUUAAAAUGACAUUCUUUAAGAUUUUGUUGUUGAAUAAUAAUUGAUGCAUUAGUAAUAAUAAAAUACCUUGUCAAAACACACCAAACCUGUAGCGGAUCAAUUUUUCCAAUGUAAAUAUCUCUUAUAACAAAAGUUUUGACUAUCUAAUUUGUUACAGUGAAAUUGUAUGUAUGUGUUUGUCUCAUUAACCUUUAUUACUGAUGUUUUCACUACACUCUAUAAUAUUCAAUAAAAUAUGUAAGUUUUGUUCUGAACUUUUUUAAAUAAAAAGUACAGUUCGGAAACACAUUACUGCAUAUGCAUUACGCUUUCAGAAUUUUAACCUUCAUCCGAGCAGCAACCUAAGACUUUUGUAUUUUGCCCGCAAUAAACAAGAUUUAUUACAUUCGAAAACAAUAUGAAAAACCUUUUAACUAAAUAUUGGCCGAACAAUCGAAAUUUUUCGAAACAGAAUCUACCUUUCAUUCCUUUUUCUGUUUCCAAGCCACAAUACGGAGCUUCAAAUCUUCAACAGGCAUCAGCAUGUCUUCAGUAAGGGGUUGCCGAUUAAAUGGAUCAGUGGACGAAUUGAGCAAGUGACGGAGGAUAACGGCUCUAUCCAUAACCUUUCCGCUUGGGAGCAAGACGGGGUCGUCCAUUAGCGUAUCCAUCAGUG